AUGCCUUUCCUCUGGUCGCAAGCCAGCAUAGCGCCUGGAGAGACCGAGCCGUUGACACCGCGCGAAGCGGCAUCGGGCCUGUUGGGCUCGAUAUCGUUAACUUGCUGGAUAUUUCUCUUGGUGCCUCAACUCAUCGAAAACUACCGUAAUGGCAACGCCGAAGCCAUCUCCUUCCUGUUCCUGUUCGUCUGGUUUGUCGGAGACGUCGCCAACCUAAUCGGAGGUGUUUGGGCCAGGCUGGUUCCCGUCAUCAUUGCCAUCGCGGUCUACUUCUGUAUCGCUGACGGAGUCCUCAUUGGUCAAUGUCUCUACUACAAGGCCCGAAACUCUCGCCUUGAAAUUCUCUAUCGACGCCGAUCUUCCGUCGAAACCCCCGACCCAACAACUCCAUUGCUGGGCCGGCGCUUCAGCGACAACUUCCCGGACAGCAGCACGAAUGCCUCGCGACGUCGCUCGUGGACAGCGCAACGGGCUGACAGUAUUAGCCAUGGCCGACAGUCUGACGACUCGCUGGCCAAGAUCAUUGAGGAGAACGAUACGGGCCGGAAGGCUUGGGUCAAGAAUCUUAGCAGUGUGCUGGCUAUCUGUGUGAUUGGUAUGGCCGGGUGGACGGUCGCCUGGCAGUCGGGAGUCUGGAAACCCGCUCCUCAGGAUCUGAACGGUGGUGUUGAUAUGGCAGCUGGUGCGCAACUGGUGGGAUAUUUCAGUGCCAUUUGCUAUCUCGGAGCACGUCUCCCGCAAAUCUACAAGAACUACUACGACAGGUCAUGCGAAGGUCUUUCGCUGUUGUUCUUCAUUCUCUCCCUAAUGGGAAACCUGACCUACGGCGCCGGGAUCCUCUGCCACUCGACGGAGAAAAAUUACGUCGUCACGAAUAUUCCUUGGCUGAUUGGAUCCCUAGGGACCAUGAUCGAAGAUAUUAUUAUUUUCAUACAGUUUCGCCUCUAUGCCGUGACAGAUUCGACUGCCGCGGUGGCAUAA